AUGGGCGUUGGAUGGGGUGACGCCUGCGCCGUGGCAGCUAUGUCCAGUAAUCUGGAGUGCCUAAGGUACGCCCGGGAAAACGGAUGCUCUUGGGACGAGAGUACGUACGCCUUCGCCGCGGAAACUGGCAAUCUGGAGUGCCUAAGGUACGCCCGGGAAAACGGAUGCUCUUGGGACGAGAGGACGUGCGCCUCCGCCGCUGAAAAUGGCAAUCUGGAGUGCCUUAGGUACGCCCGGGAAAACGGAUGCCCUUGA